UGUUUAUUCCUUCAUUUGAAAAACCGCGCUUUACAGAGCGUGAAAAGUGAAAAAAAGUAGCACAUAAUAUCUGUAGACAUGAUCAUUUAGUCACAAACAUCAUCAUGGCAGACAGUUUUCGAUUUUCAAGGCUUUAUCCUCUUCUGUGGCUAUUUUGUUAUUGUUUUGUUUGUGCAAUGACCAGUAUAAUACAUAAGAGGACGCCGACAGAUGAAGACAAGGACGUUAGAGUUAAAAAGGUAGGCAAAGUUCUUCAUCAUAAUCAUUCCUUCGAUAAUAGAAUUGUUUCAUUUCCUCAAAAUCGUGAGCACAAGAAGCACUGUCACUUCUCAAAUCUCAAAUGACUCAACUACGCUCUUCCCCCUUUUAGACUUAAUCAUUGAAUCAGGUCCACCAUUUUGAAUUUUCAAUGUUUCUCUAUUUUGAUCUUUAAUUUUGUUUAUAUCGGAGUAAUAUACAACAAAAAUUACUCGACAAUCGAAAAGAGUGAGAUCCGUAAUUACUCUUGUAGCCUGUAGCUGCAGGUGUAUGAUCAGCUUUACUCGAUUUUAAAGCUGUUUAACCUCAGUGUGAACACCUGUUGAUCACAUUUCGGUCAAGCAAAUAACACGAAAUUUAUCCACGAAAUACAAGUUCGAUUUCGCCACGCUUUUUUUUUGGUUGCAAAGCUCCUUGAGUAGAUAGAUUGAACCGAUUUUAAAGCUUGAUCAGACUAAAGAUCUUAAGAUAUCGUUGUCAGAAGGCAAGGAGAUAUAUGGUAAUGAUUCAGUCCAAUCGUUGAUCAAAUUGUUUCUCUGAAAUAGUUAAGUGCAUCCAGCAGAAUAGGAGUUUCGUAUCACAAAUUUAUUAUACUCAACAAAAUAUUGACGAAGGGCUAACGCUCGAAAUGUUAAUUUUUGAAACUCUUCAUGGUGGCCAAUUUACAAUAUCAUGACUCAGUUGAUGAAACCAAAUUAUCUUGUAAAACGUCCAACCGGCGCAGCAGCGCAGUUUCUUUAGAAAAGUAUCCUCUUUUUUGAAAACCUCGUCGAUUAUCUUUUACUCUCUUCUCGAGCUUGUUUUAAGACCUAAAAAAAUCUUUAUUUUCCUCUUCUGAGAGAAAAUAGAAAUGCUAACUCCAUAGAAAACACACCCUAAAAUUAUUUAUCCAUCACUUUUAUUCAACUAAUUUCUUCGCAUUGUGCUUUCGGAAUGAAGCAGAUGUUCAGUUACUAUGGUAAUUGCCCCACCAGAAAGUUAUUAAGCUUAAUUUAUCUCUCCAGACCACUGAAGGUAAUAAUAUCCAACUACGCAGUUACUGGAACUUCAAUGUCGUGAUAAAUUUCUGAUCUUAAUUAUGUUUCAGAUGAUAUCCCCAGGCUACUACUCUCAGGAAUGUAAUGCUCACAAGCAAUGCAAAGACCCAGUCAAGUAUUGUCACAUGUUUCUGUGCGUUGAUUGUUUGAAAGAAAAUGUAGCCUGUACACAAAAUGGUCAGUGUUGUCCUUCAUCGGAGUGCAUUUACGGUCGGUGUAAGGCUGGUUCUACUGCAGGAAACGCAGGUAAAAAACUCUAUAAUUUACUGUCUGUAUGUACAGCCCCUUCUUGUGUGUCCUUACCCACCAGAAAAUUUCUCAAUAUGUGGUUAAAUGACUUGGUAUUGUAAUUUGUCUAACUUGGUCUAGAUAUCGAUUUUUAUUUUGCGGCCAAGUGCGCACUCCGUAACAAACCAUAGAGGCAAAGAUCACUUUUGCAAUAAAGUGUGUCCGAAAACCCGUGACGAAAAUGUUGUUCAAAGUAAUAAGUCACCAGGCCUGGAGAAGGAAAUGUGAUGAUUAAGAAUUCCCCAUGGAACCUUGCAGGCGUCCUCUUGCUUGGAUGUUUGUCUGUUAACAGCUGAAAAGCCUCCAACUACCUAAAAAGAAACUUCAAAGAUAGCAUCGAGCGACAAAUCAUCGAUGAUUGCUAAAUUCUUCGCGAGAAAUCCGCGUGUAGAGGCGAGAAGACGGCAAUUGCGACUAAUAUGCUUGCAAUCAUUUUCGGAACUCAGUUUUUUUGUUGAUUUGGCAUUAGCAAUAAGUGUUGCAAAAUGAUUAAAACAAAGGCUCUCAAUGAAAACUUUUAAAGCUCCAUACGGAUCUGAUCGCUUCUCGUCCUAAACUAAGCUUUCAUAAACUAAGCUGUUAUUCACAGGAAUAUUGACCGAAAGCCCUACUUUCUUUCUUUCCAGGAUCGUUCUGCGAUAGACAAAGUGAUUGUAAGGACCAGGACCUCUGUUGUGUCCGUGAGCCCGCCAUCAACCCCGCCAUCUCAAUUUGUAAGCCCGCCCUUGAUGAACAUCAAACAUGUGGACCGUACAAUCAGUACAGGACAAUGUACAUUGGUGGUACUGUGCAACCGGCCUGUGGUCCUUGUAAACAGGGCUUGACUUGCAAACAAGUAGGGUAAGUACAACCACAUCAAAAAGAGAAAGGCUUGGUAUCGAAUGAGGCCAUACGUUUAUAAGCUACUAUGAUUUUGUAGAAAAACAAUCUAUCCUACAAUCUUAUAACCCCUAUAUCUAACCUUAAGAGUAUCGAGAUACAUACAUGAUGUUUUGCCACAUGGCAAUGCAAUUUAAAAUUUUAGAGUUACCAAAACAAAAUUUUGGCCACAAAGUAGAGAGGAGAAGAUAUUGUAAACCUCAUGAAAUUCUAGGAAGGUCAGGGAGAGCAUCAAUAUUCUGUGUCGCUUUCUGUUAAUGAAACCGGGAUAAGCUAUGUUGGUAUGAGCCUCUUGGCUCCUGAGACCAAUUAGCAUAUCAUUGCAUCUAUUGUUCAUUAUUGCCCUUUCUUCAGAAUAUUCGGUGUUCAUCAAGUUUGCCUGCCUGAAGCAAGUCCCCCUGGGAAGAAGUAGAACUACGCUAACAAGUGAGAAGCGCUCCGGAUGCAAUGUUGAGCCACGACUAAAAAGUUAUAAAUAAAACACUAUCAUUAAAUCUAUCAUUUUGACAAUUUUUCAGUAGUGUGAAACGAAUUUUUUUACCAUUUUUCUGGGAAAGCAUUCAUUCUGUAAGAAGUUUUGGAAUCAGUAAGUGUGUCAUACAGUUUUCGUUUAAAUGUGCCCUGUCACUAAAGUGGAAUAAUUUAUAUGCCAUUUUAAGAUAAAUUGGAGUAUUUUCAGAUGAAAUCUCCAUCUAAAAAAAAACUUGAGACCAAGGUAACCGAUGGGUCAAGAGCAAAUGAACAUACUAUUAAGCAAAUGCCAUUUCCGCUGCGUGGCAUUACUGCUAAUUGCUGCAUGCAUGCUGCUUUCGCAAUAUAAGUGUUGAUUUCAGACGUUCGUGUAAUUGCAUAUUCUCUUUCUGUGCUGUCUUCUGGUGUAAAAUAAAAUUUGCUUUUAUAUUUUGGAAAGUACGUGAAAUAAACCAUUUAUCUAACAACAUCUCAAAUUCAAAGUCGAAAGGAGAAUACAAUAAAUAUCAUCAGAGGUGACUUACUGUGAAGCAAUAUUUAAUG